AACAAUUCUAGCGUAUUUCUGGGACCGGACUUGCGGCAGCAAAGAAGACGAAUGCGAGAACUCUUUAUAUCUCUGAUUUUAAUAUCUUCAAGCCCUUUGAUCGGAAAUUUCUUGCUCCCAAACAAUGUCUCUUGAAGCCCUAGAUCAUAUAUCCUCGCAAUCACUGCCCUCGGGGCUGGGGGCUUGCACGGAGGAGUAGAUCAGCUACUUAGAAGAAGGGGCACUUUUACUCUCCAGGCCUAAUUUAGAAACACUGCACCCUAUCAUCAAACAGCAGAGCCGCUCGUCUCUACACCCCUCCUCCUUAUCGUUGAACGGCGGGUCUCGGCUCUAUUUAGACCGCCGCCGAGGUCAGUAUCAAGUGGCCUAUCCACCUCGUCAGCGUCCAUAGAGACCCAAGGCUUUACAUCAGAUGCCGCUCAAACGUUUGAUAUCCCAAUGCGUGAAGAGAGCACUAAAGUCCUCGAAUAUAUUAGUUUUGAGCCAAUGACGGUGAAUAUGAUUUAUGGUCGUUACCUGGGACGGCCAGUCCCAGAAACUAUCCCCGACGACCUUUUUGAAUAUGUGUGUGGACAAUUUUUACCUCUUCAAUUUCCGGAGUACGAUUAGAUGAACGACGACGAAGCUCUUGCGCAAGUCUCAAUGUCGACACCAGGAACGCAACACUUGAUCCUGAAUUCUCCCAGAUACGUGGCACCCAGACUCUCUGGUACUGGGUAAUCCUAGUGCUAAUGUUGAGAUCCUUACUGGGGAAUGGAUUGUUCAAAAUUGAGACUUGGGUGAACCGGAUGGUGAUCAACAACCAACUCGUUGCUUAUCAUUUCGGUAUAUAAAUGACAUGGGAAACGAGCAUGUUUUUAGUGGAAUGAGAAGUGACUGGAAAAUGAAGUGAUGAGGAGACCAUGUUCAGAUGAGUGCAGGUCUAAACGUGUCCGAGGUGCGUCUUCAUCAAAGCAGGCUGAUGAGUCGUGGGCCCCUAAGCAAUCACUCUCAGGUCGCGAUGCAAAAUGGCCGACCGUUACGGUCAAUGUUAGUCUCUCA